AUGGGAUAUUUUUGCGUAUUCAACAAGAGAGGACUGGUUAUCCACGAAGAAGGGAGGAUGCCAGAACAUUUCAACCAAAUAGUAGUAUCUCUAGACGUGUCUAGGCCGGGCGGGGAAAGGAAAAUUAGGGAUGAAGUUAUGGAAUACGAAAUUAGGGGGGCCAUUGUAUAUUUGAGUCUAUCUAGAACGCCUAAUCUCAAGAUAGCAAUUGAUAAUUAUCUGAACAAAAGUAAGGAAAAGGCUGGCUCGGAAAACAAAAAAAGGGCAUGGAAAAAGAAUAAGGAGAGAAAAUGGGAAGAUAUAGGAAACGAGGAGGAAUUAAACUACUCUUCGCCUUCAAGUGGAGUAAGUAAUUUUGUUAAGGUUAUUAAGAAAGCAACAAUCCAAAAAGCAUUUGGCUUGUUUAAAGAUCAAAUACAAGUGAAAGAGCUGAAGGACAAGAUGACUACGCAUUUAAUAAACAAAAAUGUAAGCUACCAAAUAACCAGAACACUUGUAGAGAAUGUCAUGGAGGAGUUGUCUGGAGAGGGACUAGAUGUCGUUUCCGAAAAGAAGUUUAAGGAAAAAAUGUCUAAUGUGCUUGGAAAACUUAUCCCGUCUGUAGACCAUGAAAAAAUGCUAGACGGAAUAAGGAAGCAUAAAGGUGUGUUUUCCAUUUGCUUCGUUGGAGUGAAUGGAGUUGGAAAGAGUACAUCGUUGGCUAAAAUAUGUUACUGGCUUCUGAAAAACAAACUCAAAGUGUACAUAGCAGCGUGUGAUACCUUUAGAGCAGGAGCAAUUGAGCAACUUAAGACUCAUGUAGAGAGAUUUCAAUUAGGGGGUUAUUCUGUUGGAUUCUACCAAAAGGGAUAUGGAAAGGACGAUGCAUCGGUGGCAAGAUGUGCCAUUCAAGAAGCUCAGCACGAAGGGUAUGAUGUUAUCCUCAUUGAUACAGCAGGAAGAAUGCACAACAAGAAGAAUCUCAUGAUGUCUCUUACCAAGCUAAUGAAGAUUAAUAAGCCUGACCAUAUCAUAUAUGUAGGGGAGGCACUGGUCGGGUCCGAUAGCUUGGAACAUAUUAAGGAAUUUAACAGGGCAAUUAAAGAUGCAGAUCAGUUAAGAAAUAUCGACAGUAUACUCCUUACCAAAGUUGAUACGGUGGAUAACAAGAUAGGACAGAUACUGAACAUGGCUUUUUCCUCCAAUGCCCCCAUUUUAUUCUUAGGUGUUGGGCAGACAAACUCAGAUUUGUCAAAUAUAGGAUCGGAAGACAUUGUGAAUAGCCUUAUGUCCUCUUGA